AUGAUUGAUCUCUUCAAAUGUGUCGAGCUCGAAUUCCUCCCUUCCUACUCUCCGGAUGACGGCCCCCUGCGUAUCAAGGUUGGCCGCAACAGCGAUGGCAAGCGCAGCAUAGGCUGUAUGAACCGUCUGGAGCGUGAUGACAUGCCUCCCCUUCACCGUGAGACUCUCUCAGGUGUUGUCGAUCUCUUUCCGGGUGGAAGAGGCAUCGUGACCUUCUUCAACAUCCUUGCAGCUCUUUUCGCUAUCUUCAUCAUCUUCAUCAGCAAUCCACCAAACGCAUACAUCUCACACUUUGUCGAUGCCAGAGGCAUCAGGGUCAGAGACCCUUUCCACAACCAGAACCAUUGGGAAUGGGGCAUCAGGGUCAAGUGUCUCCUUACUCAGCCCGGUAUGAAGGAGAACACUGGCUCCUUUGAUCCCACAUACGACGAAUGUUUCACAACUGUCUCCCAACCCGGCUACUCUUCUCGACACGUUCUCCUCAUGCCGUUCAAGCGCAAAGCCUCUCGCAAACCUUUCAACCCGGACAAGCUCUUUGAGUCUCUCGUCCACGGCCUGGAUAUGAUUCACCCUCAUCGCCCUGAGCUCGCUCGCAUCAGCCACGAAACUGCCAAGUACUAUCCCUCCUUCAUGGGGUGGCAUCAGUACAUGAACGAUUGGGAACAGGAUGGCAUUAGGGCUACCGCGCAACGGGUCACCAAGCGCUGGACUGAGCUAAGAGAAAUUGUUGGCAAGAACAUGGUACAACUGUUUGACGAACUGAACCAGCUCAGCGACAACGUGACAACACUUUCUCUCGCCGGGACGUCUCAUCCAGUUGAGUAUAAAUCCUCGGCAGCCUGGCAGGCCUACCUGAACCGAAUGUUCCCACGGCCCUGGCAACUGCUUUGCGAACAAGCCCCAGAUGAUGAAAGUCGGAGGAGGUUGGAUUUCAAGAUCAUCGUAUACAACUCAGAUCAUGACACAAUCUCUCCUAUCGCUAUUAGCGAAGUGAAGCGCCCUAGAGGCUCAAUUCGAGAUGUUGAAGGACAGGGGCUUGGGGUCGCAGCGCGUGCCAUCAACUCGCAUAGAUUGACUGGCAUCUACGUUCUUCCUGUGUGUUGGCUCAAAUUCCGGGCCCGGCAUGUGCGCAACAACAGUCAAGCCCUUGUGCCACUCUUUGGAUCUGCCCCUCAAGACAAGAAGGAGUAUCUCGACAUGAUUUCUCCGAGCGGAGUUUUCGAGUUGGAGGAAACGAUCCGCCGGGUCAAACGCGAGCCUCCAUUACGACAAGCGCCCGUGGUGCCUAGCCAACAAGCCGAGAUGGACAAAAUGCUAGAGGCGGGGAUUUACUACUCAGUAAAGGUGAUGGAGAUGGAGCCGGACAUUGGAUAUCUAAGAGACGCGGCCCCGUGGAUGUCAUCUCAGGAGCCGCAUGCUCAAGAGGACAUGUUUAUCGAUGACCCAGAAGAGGCUGACGAGGAUUCUGGGGCAGAGGGUGACAGCAGGGGGAAGGGCAAGGAGAAGCUCAAGCCCAACGGCCAGAGAUCAGACCAGUUUCAAUACGGUGCUCGUGCAGACCCCUGUUCUCAGGCUCAGGCUGGACUUACUACAUACAAACCACGUGCCGGCCAUUGUGUUCACAACAACGGCAAAGACGUUGGCUGUUUUGCCAGGCGUCAAGGUACGCUUUUAAUCUACAGAGACGACUUGGUUACAUAUGACACCCGACGUUUGCCCUCAUUCUCUGUUCCACAUCACCCGGAAAACCGCUACUGCACAUACCUCUACCAUCGACUGCAGGGUUCAGGGCCACCUCGGUUUUCCCGGUUACAAUACAACCAGUCCAGAGUUACUGGUAUCUCUAUCUACUGCGACCCCUCUCCCAUUGCCUUCCAUGCCCAUAAAUCCAACGAGGACUUGUCUUUCUAUCAGUCCAGCCCCGAAGGGUCAGUUUGGGUCUACAUGCCUCUUGAGCCGGACGAGCGCAUUACAAGAAUCUGGAUGCGAGCCCGCUCCCGUCUAAACGGAGAGGUAGCUCUAGCAUUUGAGACUGAUCGAGGAUACGUCAAGUUGUUUGGUACUCAAUCAACUCCACCCCUUACAGCUUGCCAAUGGAUCCUUCUCGACACGCCGCGAGGAUCACCCGGUCACUUUUUCUUCGACAACCAUCCACAUGGCAUCCGCCACAUAUCGCUGGACACUCUACCUCCCAAGCAGACCCCAGGCUUCGCCGCUCCGGCGGCUUCUUCCGACUACCCGAACCUGCACAGCACUGAUGACUUUCUUUGGUCUUGCGCUUCUGUCGAGAACGUGGUUGCAGUGAGACCGUGCCGCCGCCAAACUGGAGACCUUGUGGAGAUUCUGGGAUUGCUGUUGUAUUACUCGGAUGGCAAACAAGCGCCUGUCGGUCAAAUCCGCUUUGACUACCUUGAUCAGCCAAUCUUGACACACGGUUGCCAGCUGAUAUAUCUCGGAUUUGAAAAGACCGACACAAAAGGCCCGUUUGUUUCUCGGGGCGAAACCUGCGCCGAUAACUUGGAUCAUAAGGUUAGCAUGUGGUUUGAGGUCUCUUUGAAGGGUGCUCUAGAAUGGUGA